CAAAGGCGGGCGUGCGCACGCUCUUACGUAGGCCUGGGCCGGCGGCGGGCAGGGCAGGGCGGGAGCGGCAGUCACCGAGGACUGGAGCCGAGCCUCACGGCCGCUCUGGCAGCAUGUAAACAACCUUUUGCCAAGAACCCAGGUCACCGCUAAGAAGGGUGCCUUAAGGGAGAAGAAUAUCAGAGGACACCAAUGCCAGGAGUGUCUGGAACAGUGCUUGGUACAGGCAGCAUGAGACGUUCUGUGCCAGCCUCUGUGUGCUACUGGCAAAGGCUGGGGCUCUCCGGGUAGGAGGGUCCUGGGUCAGCCAGCGUCAAGAGCCCCCCGAGGGAGCAUGGGACCAGCUAUGAACUCUUUGCAGUAAGCUCAGUUUUAGCUUAUAAAGGAAUUUUAAGUAAACGUUACUUAAUCUCUACAGACGGACAUUCGGAAGCCUUGGUGAGAAGUGCCAGCAGCUGCCCUUGUCUACUGGAAUUUCAGGAUUCUUCUGGAGCCAAGGCGAACUCUUCUUGGUACUUGUGACAAUACAGAUCUUUAGGACAAAUUCACCUGCUGUGAAUGCUUUGGGCAGGAGGAAAAGUAAAACCUUGGCAGCAGCCACGUAGCUGACCAGAAAGCUCUCCCGUGCUGCUUGCUUGCCCGGACACCCAGUCAGGACUCGGGCGCUGCUCCCGCCGCACUCACCACAGAUUGUUUCCUGUGCCCGGGGGACCUGGCGUUUCUGGGGUGCUCCUGCGACCCUUUUCUUCUUCUCUGCGCCAGAGUUCUGUACUCAGGCAGUUGGAUGACGUGAGUUUGAGAUGGAGUUUGUCACCUGUGAGGGGCUGGCUGCCUUUCCAAGGCCUGUUCUGUCUGAAGGGACCAUCUGAAGGACGUGUUUGUGUGUGGAAAAGAGGGCACCAGCCUGACCCGCAUCCUCCACCAUGUUCCUGUUGCUGCCUUUUGAUAGCUUGAUUGUCAACCUCCUGGGCAUCUCCCUGACCGUCCUCUUCACCCUCCUACUUGUUUUCAUCAUCGUCCCUGCCGUCUUUGGAGUGUCCUUUGGUAUCCGAAAGCUCUACAUGAAAACACUGUUAAAGAUCUUCGCGUGGGCUACCUUGAGAAUGGAGAGAGGAGCCAAGGAGAAGAACCACCAGCUUUACAAGCCCUACACCAACGGAAUCAUUGCAAAAGAUCCCACUUCUCUGGAAGAAGAAAUCAAAGAAAUUCGUCGAAGUGGUAGUAACAAGGCUCUGGAUAAGACACCAGAGUUUGAGCUCUCUGACAUCUUCUACUUUUGCCGGAAAGGAAUGGAGACUAUUAUGGAUGACGAAGUGACAAAGAGAUUCUCGGCAGAGGAGUUGGAGUCCUGGAAUUUGCUGAGCAGAACCAAUUACAACUUCCAGUAUAUAAGCCUGCGGCUGACCAUCCUCUGGGGGUUAGGAGUGCUGAUCCGGUAUUGCUUCCUUCUGCCACUCAGGAUUGCUCUGGCAUUCACAGGGAUUAGCCUCUUGGUAGCGGGCACUACCGUGGUUGGAUACCUGCCAAGUGGGAGAUUUAAGGAGUUUUUGAGUAAACAUGUUCACUUAAUGUGCUACCGUAUCUGCGUGCGAGCCCUCACGGCCAUCAUUACAUACCACAACAGGAAAAACAGACCAAGAAAUGGUGGCAUCUGUGUUGCUAACCAUACGUCGCCCAUCGACGUGAUCAUCUUGGCCAGCGACGGCUACUACGCCAUGGUGGGACAGGUGCACGGGGGCCUUAUGGGUGUGAUUCAGAGAGCAAUGGUGAAAGCCUGCCCCCAUGUCUGGUUUGAGCGUUCUGAAGUGAAAGAUCGCCACCUGGUGGCUAAGAGAUUGACUGAGCAUGUACAAGAUAAAAGCAAGUUGCCCAUCCUCAUCUUCCCAGAAGGAACCUGCAUCAAUAACACAUCCGUGAUGAUGUUCAAAAAGGGGAGCUUUGAAAUUGGAGCCACUGUUUAUCCUGUUGCUAUCAAGUAUGACCCUCAGUUUGGUGACGCCUUCUGGAAUAGCAGCAAGUAUGGCAUGGUGACGUACCUGCUGAGGAUGAUGACCAGCUGGGCCAUUGUCUGCAGUGUCUGGUACCUGCCUCCUAUGACCAGAGAGAAAGAGGAAGAUGCUGUGCAGUUUGCUAACAGAGUGAAGUCCGCCAUUGCCCGGCAAGGAGGACUGGUGGACCUGCUGUGGGACGGUGGAUUGAAGAGGGAGAAGGUGAAGGACACGUUCAAGGAGGAGCAGCAGAAGCUGUAUAGCAAGAUGAUUGUGGGUAACCAUGAGGACCGGAGUCGGUCCUGAACCUCCAUCUUGCACUGGCUGAAGUGAGCCGGCUGCAGUUGUGGCUGCCACAGCCUCUGCCACCAUCCCCGCCACCCACUGCUGCAUCCUAACAGACUCUGGCCCUCAGGCUGUCCUGGACUGCUCCAUGGGCUCCCUGCUGUCCUCUAACCAGAGUGCUGCUGGUGGGGCUCCUUGGGACAAAAUGCCUCUUGUUCCUUUAUAGUGAGCCUCUAAGAGGAGCCAUUAAAGCAGUUCUAGCUGGUGAGAAGGCGGGCCCUGUUCUUGCCCCGAGAGGAUGUCGGUGUUACCAUGUAGGGACAGCCACCCUCUGGGGAAAGCUGGGAAAAACACAGCCGCAGUGGGUGCCUCUCAGCCUCCAGCUCAGAGCUUUGACACGGGACAAAAGAACUGUCUACAGGAGCGUUCAUUUCAUUCGGCAAGCGGAGUCCCAAGUUCUGUGUUCCUGCCUAUGAAGAUCAUCAGAGUAUGAGAUAGGAAAAAGCCAGUGGGCCCUGGGCUAGCCCUGGAGCCUUUGAUUCAGACUCCAGGCUGAGCCUGAAUCCCCCACAUGACUUGUCUGUCUAAUAUGUCUCAGCUUCCCUGUCUGUUACAUGGAAUUGCAGGGAGAGAAAUGGUGGUGAUGCCUACCUCACAGGGUUGUUGUGGGGACUCCAGUGCUAGUGUGUGUGAAGGGAAUGUGUGCUGCUCUCCCAGGGACAGCGUCAGAGAGUGUGGCAGGACAAGGUCAGAGCUACAACUGCUGCCCAGGAUUUUAAACUUGUUUGUGAGUAAAUAAAACUGGAUGGUAAAUGAAUUUAGGGGCUUUGCCUUCAUUCCCAAGAAAUGUGUUUCUUGCCAGUUAACUGUGGUACUUGAAGAUGACUCCGGCCGGCAGCAGGGUCUCGACUGAACUCUGGAGUGAGGAUUGCAUUGCUCAGGGGAGGCAGCUCUCACUGGGUGUUUUACAUCUCUGUAUUGUCUCUAGCAUAAGCAGUUUUCUCCCCGGAUGAGAGCCAUGGGAAACAGGCUGCAUUGAUGAGAUUGGGGGAAGGGACCCUGCCAGUAGCAUUCUGGGUUUGAGCAUGAUGGGAAAGAAACAGCAAAUAUGGGGAUGAGGCUGGCACAGAAGUGCUGGGAAGAACCAUGAGUCGGAAGGGGUGGGUGUACUGUGUGCACCAUGGCUGCAGGGGAAAGGAAGGCCUGCGAGGCCCUCUGCAGAUGCAGUCAGCGGUCUGCCGUUCCUUCUGAGGCCCACCAACUUUGAAUUCCUCUAAAGAUUACCUGCCUACCCAUGUGCCACUGUUCCGUAAUGGAACUUUUCAAAGAUAGAGAUAUCCCACCUCCAAGUCCGAGAUUUGAGGACACAUCAGGAGAGCAGCCGGGCUCCCAAGACUGUGAACCGAUGCCACUCUGAUGUUUGAGGACCCUGUGGUGGCGCCCCUAACUUCCUGCCAGCUCCUCAGCCUCCCCUUUCCUCCUGCCUGCUCCGUUCCCAGUGGAAAACACUUCAAAUAAAAACACCUAUGACUCUAACAGCCGCCACCUGGGAGCUAUUUUACAAAAGCUCAAAAAUAAAGGGCAGGUUACUGCUUGUACAGAAUGUCCGCAGUGUCUCAGUGCUGUCCCCUGAGAACGCCUAGGUCAGGCGUCCCUAAGGCUGGUGCUUGUUUAUUGUUCUGACUCAGUCUGUAGUUUUGAGUCUUGUUCUGACUUGGCUCACCCCCCUCGCCCAUGCUGCAGCAGACGACAGUGAGAGGCCACUCUCCAGUCUCCCCUCAGCACUUGUCCAGCCGAUCUGCUGCUCACCAUUUGCAACUGCGUCCUGCAGGCUCCUCUUUGGUAUAGCGCUGCUCUCACAUCUAAACUUUGCACCAUGGUAGAAAGCAGGUCCCGAGGACAGCCUGGACACUAGAGAGUUUCCAUCUGGCUUGUCAGCCUGCUGCUUCUCUCUCGCCAUAUUGUCUUCAUCGCUCUGUUUUCUUAGAUUAACAGGCUUCUGAGGCCUUAUGCACCUCUGAAAUUUCAGCAUGUGCGUGUGCAAUGUACGUGCAUGUGUAUGUGUGUAUGUGUGCUUGUGGUGGGUGUGGAGGCCUGAGGACAGCCUCAGGCGUCCAUUCCUCAGUCGGGCCCUGCCUUGGUUUUGAGACAUGGUCUCUCAUUCACCUAGGCUGCUUGGCCAGUGAGUCUACUGACUAAAAGUAGAAACCACCUUCCAAGGAGUUCAAACUCAGGUCCUCGUACUUGCAAUGCAAGUGGUUUAUUGACCGAGCUCCUACUCCAGCUCCAAUUUCAUUUAAAAACUCAUUGCUCAGAUGCGAGCUCUGAGCCCUAAAAUCGUGUGGUUCUGAAAUAGGAGUCCACUUUGAGCUGUUUGCUCCCUCUGAUAAACCCAACUUGGGACACUAACCACUGUUCUGUCCCCAGGGGAUCUGUGCUAGGCCCAAACCUGCUGGGUAGCUGGGGUUGCAGAUCACAGCUUUAAAUCCAACAUGAUGACUUCUUACCAGCUAGGUAAAGAGGUUGUUAAUCAGGCUACUACAGUGCCCCCGAUAGAGGAGAGAGGCUCACCAGAAGGUGUCAGCCUGGCCAGGGUCCCACCAAGCUUUGGUGGAGCUGAUUUACAUGUGAGAACCAUUCCUCUCCCUUCAGAGAGCUUACGUGUGAGGGAUGGUGGGUCAGGACAGCAACUUUUAGCUCUUGAACUGACCCGAUUACCUUGUGGAGAUCUGGGCUGUAAACUCUGCUGCCUCCUAGACUUGACCAAUCUGGGUUGGUGUUCACUGCUGCCAGACUCAGUUUCUCCAGGUGCACCAUCCCGUGUGGGCUGGGCUAUCCCAGUCCACGCACAGACUCUCGGACAGGCUAAGAGAUGACCAUCUAGCCAUCCAUCUCUCAUGGUGCUCACUCGUCUCUCCCCCAGUCAAUAUGUCUCUCUCCGAUGGGAAAGUUAAUAAAUUUUCCUCUAGAUUAAAAGUAUUGAUUAUUUCAUUUGUAAACAAUAAAUAAAAAGGAGGAACUUUUCACUGCACAGGGGCCAGCGCCUGGUGUAUUUUGCUGGUGAAAUUUUGCUCACUGUUGGGGGGUGGGCUUCUCAUAUGCAUUCUGUCCGGCCAGGAGCAUUGAUUUCCUAUUAGUCUCCCAGCACCACCCAGUAACACAUCAUUUCAGUACCCGCUAUUAAUGGUCUUUUGAUAAAUAAUCACUUGUAAGUCAAUAAAUUUUUAUUAAACACUGUA